CCUCGGCUCUGUUCGUUGUGUCACGAGAAGCCGCUCGGUUCGAUGAGCUAACGGCCUCAGUAUUUAUGCGAUAAGGAGCAGGUUACGUCUUCUACAUCUUUUACAAACGCCCCGGAACCACUGAAAAACAGGCAAGCUUGUUUUAAACCAUCUUAAUCAGCUAGCUGUGUAUCGUUCUUAUGUACGGGGUUACGAGAAACUGGCUUGCAACCAUGCGGUAGAGAAAGCGGAGGCCUAGGUCGGUAGGCCCAAAGCCGGCUGCUCGUGGUUUCGAGGGUUCCUGAGACAGCCUACCAUAGCAACGGUGAAUAUAAGGAAAUGGCGAGGAUAUGGCCUGGGCCGUGGUGAUUACUGGCUGUGUGUUCAGUCCUUUGAUUACGAUAUUCUGUAACGAAAUUGUAAUUUCUAUCCUUUCGCUGACGAUAUUGCGUCUUCGAUCUGAAAAGGAAAUGCGUGUAUUUAGCUAAGUUAGCUACACGCCCCCUUCAAGCGCAUAGCUAAGGUUGGUAACUAGCUAGCCUACGUUGCUAGCUACGUCAGGGCAGUGAGAUUGACUGGCCCUUGCGACUGGAAUGGAGGCCUUUGUGUGACGAACAUUUAAAUUCAACAAGCAUGUUUUAGAACCCGAACGAACGAACCGCCGUUCGCAGUGGCUGACUGCUGUAAACACGCGGCAAAAACACAAUGCUGACCCGCGUUACUGCGCUCUCAUUUUAGUGUUUCGUUUUUAUUGGCUACGUAGCUAGUUGAUCAUUGAUUAAUAAAGGACAUGGCUAGCAGGUUAUGUGAGCUAGCCAGCAAAUUCAUUAGCAUAAUUCUGCAUAACGUUGAGGUGACACCCUAAAACUGGCUGAUAAAUUUAGCUCUAAAGUUAGAGACUAGCUGGUCAGUUUUCACACUGCGAGUAUUCGUAGUACGCGAGCACGCGAACCGUAAUUCGAUACAAUUUUCUUCUUAAAUGUAACUACUGGGGCAUGACCCCCACUUGUUUAGUUGAAAGACGCAGAUUGUAUAAAUUAUGUUUGAGGUUAAUUUGAUUCGUAAAGUUAGCUGUAGGUUUUAGGUGAGUGUACCCGCUGUGGAGCCAGCGUCAUCGCGACGGCCCGUCAUUACCUCCGUGCUCAUUGUUGAAGCUGCACGCUUCUGUGUUGGCAUGGUAAUCUUGAUUACUGUCGCGUAGCGACGUCGCUUAGUUACUGCUGAAUGGCGCUUUCUUCGCCGGCGUUAGCGGGCUUUUACGCACUGACCUCUCAGUAAACCGACAACUUCCAUGUAGAUCAGCCAGCGUGCUCGUCUCUAGUUAACCUGAUAACGGUACGAACGUGGGUGGACAUCCAGAAUACACGUGACAGGUAACGUAAACUCGCCGUGCUCCAGACACCAAGUUGGCUCACUAUGUUUCAUGGCGACUAAAUGUAAAUGUAAAAGAAAAUACACCCAGAUCAGCUUUGGUUUCUGUGUGUGUGUGUGUGUGUGUGUGUGUGUGUGUGUGUGUGUGUGUGUGUAAAGUCUAAUUCCUUCCGUUUUCAUAAAACUUUGUACGAGUCACAUACGCGAUCCAUUUCAGCACCCUGUGACAUUGUGGUGGGGAAGCUGUUGCUGACGAGAGACUGCGGACCGCGCAGGCUCGUACGGCGUGUUCGGAGCAUCACUGGGACAUUGUGCAGUUAUUUGUGGUUUUCUCAAUAAAUAUUGGUCCAAUUCAUAUAAAUCAACCAAUCAAUCAGUCAGUCAAUCAAAUCUGGCUCUUAAAUGUAUAAAACGGCCCUCUUCAGUUUGUGGCAUUUUUGGUUGUUUAGGUAACAGGCUUUUGGCUCCAGUUGGAUUUGUUUCUCAGCUCUGUUAUGUGACUGAAGGGGAGGGCGAGGUCAGCUUUGAGCACUCAUGGAUGGACAUGUCAUACAGUCAGCCAUGGGACAUGGGGUUUGGGUCUGUCUGACCACCGCCUACCAAUGUUGGCCCAAAUGGGCAUUAGAGUUGAUCAUAUUGCAUGUGAUUAUUGCCCUAGGGGGGCUUGUCCCCCUGCUUAGUCUAAUCAACUGUAAGUCGCUUUGGAUAAGUGUCCGCUAAAUGCAGCCUAAUGUGAAGAUGUGUGUGUUAUAAGUGGCCGUGAACAUCGGGCUGUUUGAGUGCGUGUCCUACAGAGCUACACUCCCCGUUUAUGCUCCUUUAUGCCCCUGAGUGGUGCACCUGCUGGAAUGUUUGUCAUUUCUAGCCUGUAUGUUGGUUACUUUUCCAGUCUAAAACAUUGUUAGUCUGAAAGUCAAAUGUCCUGUUAAAUAUUAAUAGGAAGUACUCAUAUAGGCUAUAGGUGCUGUAGCUUUACUGGAGUGACCGUGUGUGUGUGUGUGUGUGUGUGUGUGUGUGUGUGUGUGUGUGUGUACAGGCACAGGUGAGAGCUUGUACAGGUGUGUGUGUGUGUGUGUGUGUGUACAAGUGUGUGUGUGUGUGUGUGUGUGUGUGUAAAGGCACAGGUGUGUGUGUACAGGCACAGGUGGGAGUGUACAGGUGUGUGUGUGUGUGUGUGUGUGUGUGUGUGUGUGUAUGUGUAUGUGUGUAUAUGUAUGUAAAGGCACAGGUGACAGUGUGUACAGGUGUGUGUGUGUGUGUGUGUGUGUGUGUGUGUGUGUGUGUGUGUAUGUGUAUGUGUGUAUAUGUAUGUAAAGGCACAGGUGACAGUGUGUACAGGUGAGUGUGUGUGUGUGUGUGUGUGUGUGUGUGUGUGUGUGUGUGUAUGUGUGUAUAUGUAUGUAAAGGCACAGGUGACAGUGUGUACAGGUGUGUGUAACCGAGCCUGCUGUCUGUCUGACAGCUGUUCUCUUCUCUCCACAGGUAGUGCUCUCGUAAGAAGACCCCGCAUCCUUUUCACUAGUUUUUUUGUUUGAUUUUGUUUUGAGAACCCCCUGUCCCCCCCCCUCCCCCACCCAUUUUUGUGAGUAUUAUUAUUACCUUAUUUCUAUUUGAUACCUUCAGAUUGGGGAUCUGUGAAGUUUCUUAAUGGCCGUCAGAAGGGGACACAUUAGGUACUUAAAAGAGGUUUAUGACAUGUCCAACGGUUACGAAGACCACAUGGCGGACGAGCCAAAAGACGCCAAAACGAACCUGAUCGUGAACUACCUGCCGCAGAGCAUGACGCAGGACGAGCUCCGCAGUCUGUUCAGCAGCAUCGGCGAGGUGGAGUCUGCCAAGCUCAUCCGCGACAAAGUGGCAGGACACAGUUUAGGGUACGGAUUUGUUAACUAUGUUACCCCUAGUGAUGCAGAAAGGGCAAUCAGUACUCUCAAUGGCCUGAGACUACAGUCUAAAACUAUCAAGGUGUCCUAUGCCCGGCCGAGCUCGGACACCAUUAAAGACGCUAACCUGUACAUUAGCGGCCUGCCGCGCACCAUGACGCAGAAAGACGUGGAGGACAUGUUCGCCCGGUACGGGCGCAUCAUUAACUCACGCGUGCUCGUGGACCAGGCCACAGCAGGCCUGUCCCGGGGCGUGGCCUUCAUUCGCUUCGAUAAGCGUGCCGAGGCGGAGGACGCCAUUAAGGACCUGAAUGGCCAGAAGCCUCCCGGCGCCUCAGAGCCUGUGAUCGUCAAAUUCGCCGCCAACCCCAACCAGGCCAAGAACACGCAGCUGCUGUCCCAGCUGCACCACUCCCAGUCCCGCCGCUUCGGAGGCCCGGUCCACCACCAGGCCCAGAGGUUCAGGUUCUCCCCCAUGAGUGUGGAGCACAUGGGUGUCAGUGUUCCGGGGAACGCCACCUCGGGCUGGUGCAUCUUCAUCUACAACCUGGGCCAGGACGCGGACGAGGGCAUCCUGUGGCAGAUGUUCGGCCCGUUCGGCGCCGUCACCAACGUGAAGGUGAUCCGCGACUUCAACACCAACAAGUGCAAGGGCUUCGGCUUCGUCACCAUGACGAACUAUGAGGAGGCAGCCAUGGCCAUCACCAGCCUGAACGGCUACCGCCUGGGAGACAAGAUCCUGCAGGUCUCCUUCAAAACCAGCAAGUCCCACAAGUAGAGAGAGAGAGAGAGAGGUCUCACUCUUCGCUUUUUGCUUUUUUGUGUUUUCUACAAAAAAAAGUUAACGCAGCUGAAAGGCAUAUUUAGUCCAUCUCGAGUGAAAUACCCAUUUGUCAGAUUUUCACGUUUUUUUGUCCUAGUUUAAAACUAAAAUGCGUAUAUAUUUUUUUGGUUUGUUUUGUAAAAACUGGGAUGCAGCUAAUGUAUUCUAAAUGAUUUUUUUUUUUGUGUUUGUGUGUUUGUGUGUUUGUGUGUGUGUGUGUGUGAGAUCCCAAGAUGUGUUGACCAAUUCUACACUUUUAGGUGAAUUUGUCCGUCUGAUGGUAGAUUUCGGUGAGGUCACUACGUGCCAUAUGCAUGGUUUAAAAAGAGGCUUCAGGUUUGCAGUGUCUUUUCAAACUCUGAUUCCAUGUGAAACUGUCCUUAUUUAACAGGCCUGUUGUGUUUUACUCCUGAACCUCAGUUUAGCUCUUCAGCAUUCUGCCUGCAGUCCAUCCUUACCUGAGCUUAGCUUACCUUGACUUACCUGAGCUCAGCAGCUGAUAAAUUUGGUCUUUUUCCCCCCAUGGAAAUCAGAGUUUUUAGACACUGCAUGCUUGGCAUAGAAAACUGCUUCUCCACCAGUGUGUGGUGGCGUUUAAAAUGGGUGGAUUCAUGUUCUGAAGUAGGAACUUUGUUUUUUUCUUUUUUUUUUUUUAAGGGACCCUGUGAACAGACCCUGAUAUAUAAAUAUAUAUAUAUAUGUACAAAGGACCAAAGAGAUUGAAGGAAAGAAAUGUAUGAUCACACCCCCCACACACACACACACUCGCACACACACACACACACACACACACACACACACACACACACACACGCACACCCCACCCCCACACACACACGCACACACUCGCGCGCACACACGCACACACUCGCGCGCACACACGCACACACUCGCGCGCACACACACUCGCGCACACACACACACACGCACACACUCGCGCGCACACACACGCACACUCGCGCGCACACACACGCACACACUCGCGCGCACACACACGCACACACUCGCACACGCACGCACACACUCGCACACCCCACACACACACACACACACACGCGCACACACUCGCACACACACACACACCCCACACACACACACUCACCGCCACUCACUCACGCACACACACACACACUCACACACUUACACACUCACUCACUCAAACACACACACACACACACACACACACUCGCGCGCGCGCACACACACACACACACUUGCUCUCAAACACACACACUCGCGCGGGCACACACACACUUACUCACACACACACUUACACACCCACACACACUCACCCCCACUCACUCUCACACACACACACACACAUACACACACACACUUGCGCGCGCACACACACACACACACUUACUCACAUACACACAUACACUCGCGCACACACACACACACACACACACACUUACUCAUACACACACACACUCGCGCACACACACUCUCACACAGACACACACACACACUUACUCACACACACACACAUACACACACACACACAUACACACACACACUCGCGCGCACACACACACACUCAGUCCCAGCUCCCCCGUGUGGGUGUCUGAGUAAAGCCCUCUGAACAGGUACAGGUGUGUGGAGUGUCAGCGGUCUGAGAGCCGGGCCUGUUCCAGGGCCAGGGCGUCCUGCCCCCGUUCUGUCCACUUCCAUUUCCCCUUUCCCCUUUCCCUUUUUCAGGCUUAAUGCGGAUUUAUUCUCCAUUGAGGAGUGACGGAAAAUGUCAAACUUUUCUUUCAUUGCAGUGUAGUUGGGUAGUUAUGGAAGUCUGAUUAAAAAAUAGUUUUAUAUUAAAAAGAAAACUAAUUCCAAACUUCUGAAACCUGCCUUGCUAAGAUGGAUUAACUUUUCUUUUUUUUUUCUUUGGUGUUUUUGUUUGAUUGUUUUGCUUAUUUGCAUCCCUUGUGAUCAUUAAUUAAAUUUGAUUUCUUUUCAUUCAAUAUUUUAGUUUUUUCCUUUAUUUUUUACGUUCUUUUCCUUUGCUCUUUGGAUUGCUCUUUCAGGGCUUUUAUUUUGAUAGCCGUGUCUAGGACGACCCCCAAGUGAACCUGUUGGGAUGUUGUCCGUCUCGCUGCUUGUUCAUUUUGCCAUCAGCACCGUUUUUUUAACAAACCGAGUCCCUUUGCUCCAUCUUAAAACCUUUAAUUUUGGAGCUUACGCUGCAGGACAGACUCCAUCCGUGACGCCGCUGUCCUGGGUGAAGAGUACGCUGGAUGGCUCACGUUCUCAUUAUCCCUCUGUUCAGCGCUUCAGAUUGUAUCAUUCCACCGUUUCAUUUUUCACCGGCGACACCCGCUUGCUCUGCAUCGCUUGCCUUGCUUGAGCGUUUUUCCAGAUGGUUUUUAUGAAAGGCGGCAGUUGGAUGAAGAUAGUUCAUUUUUGACAGAAGGUUUUAACCGUCGACUGUCAUUGGUGCCGUUUUGUUUUUUUUUUAAAAAUAUGACUCAAGGUAGGGAAGUAUUCUGAGGCUUCUGCCAGUUUAGCGUUAGAGCAUCAGGUGAAAGCUUGUUUGCCGGAGAAACGGGCCUACCCAUGCAGAACUGCAUCCAUUCCAGGCUGGAACUGCAGUGAUUGGCUGUUUGGGUCGAGCGCAUUGUUUGACUUGGUGAGGGUUUGAAGACCCCUGGUGGCUGGUUGAGUUAUUGCGCCUCCUUUUCUAGUUGCGGCGUCUGAUCCGUAGCUUUUUGUGCAGCAGAAUCAGCUCACAACAGUGGAUUUUACUAGUUUAGCGUGUCUUCAGAUUAUAUUUUAAUUGUUAACAACAGAAACACAAGUGCUGCCAAUUUAGAUGGAACACUUACACACCUUUUAACCUUGGCAACCUUUGUUUUAAUUGAAGUACAAUGUUAGCGUUUAUGUGUUUGUGUUAACUUGCGUAUUCUUCCUGCACUGUUAUCUCAGAAAAGCCUUUUCAUUUGAUUUUGGUCAAAAGCUUGAUAAGGAUGAGUACUAACCAGGCCAGUUAGAUGCUGUAUGCCCGUUGUCUUAUUAAUAUAGCGAUAAUAUCAAUGCACGUUUCUGUGAGUGUACAUAUUAUAUUUAAAAAUAUCAAUCUGAACAGAAGUAAUAGUCUGCUAUACAUUACACAACAUGUUGGUGUUCACACAGCACACAUUUACACGUACGUGCUUGGAGGGCGUGGAAAGAAAACACUAGGUUACUUAGUUUCCAGCUGCCCUGUGUGUUUUAUCGGUCACUGCAGCUGUUGGGAUCUUUGUGCGUCACACAAGCCUUACCCCCUUGAAACUAGGUGCAAUGUUUCCAUGGUUCCUCUGCUCCUAAGAAGUAGAGAGAGGCGGUUGAAUGUGGUGCAUAGUGUCUCAGCCUCAGAGUUGAGUCCCACCAUGAUUUAGAGCUUUCCCCUGUCCCACUUCAGAGGGUUCACCUGCAUAUGAUUUGGUGGUUCUGGCCUGAGUCUACUCUGGCCACUCAAGGUACAGUACUGUGUGGAGGCUUGUAUUUAUUUUAUUAAUUGUAUAUGGUUAUUCGAUUUUUUUUUUCUUUUUUUGUACAUUUAUUUUUAGUUUUAGUGUUUCUUUACUCUUUUUUUAAUUAAAAUUUUAAUUUCCUUUUUUUUUCUUUUUUUUUUUUUGGUUUUGAAUAAAUAUUAAGGUAUCUGUUCAAAA